GAUGACUCAUAGUAGCACACAAGAAGAAACCAUUCAAUUCAAUUCAAUUCAAUUCAACAAAAAAUGGCCACCAUAGCCAAAUUAACUCUUCCAUCUUCUCCCCUUACCUUCAACACUUCAUUUCUUCCUAAAUCACCUUCACUUUCUCACACCAUUGCCUCCCCAAAAAGAAUUUCUCUUGGUGUCAAAGUUUGUGCUCAAUUAGGUGGUCGAGAUGAAGAAACCAAGAAAGGAGAAAAAAAGAAAUUUAUAACCAGAGAACAAGAACCAGAACAAUAUUGGCAGUCAGCAGGUGAGAGAGAAGGAGAGAAUCCAAUGAUGACGCCACUUCCUUAUAUUAUUUUAUUUGGUAUGUCAACUCCUUUUGUAAUCUUAGGCAUUGCUUUUGCAAAUGGUUGGAUUAAGGUACCAAUUAGAUAGAUGAGGUCACACAUUUCAUUGUUAUGUGUUCAUUCUCAUUAGUAAUACUUCUCA